UUGUCGGUCUGUGUGUGCCCUCCAGGCAUCCCUCUGCACACCCUUUGAGCUGUAUCGGGACCAAACCCGGCCCAGUGGCUGGCUGUCCCUGGGGCCCCACGAGUGACACAGGGUCGUACCCCGGGAACCCCAACAGCCCCUGGGAGGGGAAAGGGGAAACUGAGGCGCCGAGGAGGAGGAGGAGGAGGCAAGGGCGGCCUCCUGGGGCUCGCGGGACGGAGAGAAGCCGCCGCUGGGCCAACGGGCGUCCGUCCCGCCUUCCGGCACCGCCUGCCUCUCUCCCUCCUCCUUCCCUCUCGCUGCCUGCUCGGCUGCUGCGGAGACGACGAUGCCGCUGGAGGUGGACCGCGGGUACCUCCGGAGCCCCAACGGGGGCCUGAAGAUGGGGCGCAUGGCCUUCGCUUUAUGUGCACUAAUCAGUUUUGCAGUUAGAAGAUCUCAUGAAGCAUUUUUGACUCUCGCGAUCAUGGAAUUGGUCAUCAGUUUUUUAUUUUUUGUACUCUAUCUGCUCAGUUUGAAUAAAAAGAUGACAUUCUUCUUUUGGCCAUUGGCUGAUGCUUUCAACUCCCUGGUGGCAGCACUUUUCCUCCUCAUUGUGGGCCUAUGUGCAACGAUAAUGAAGACCAUACUUGAAACCUUAGUCGGAGGAGUGUUUUGUCUGUUGUUGUUUGUCCUUUGUGUGAUAGAUGCUGCUUUAAUCCUGAAGAACGUGUCGUGGAAUAAUCCAGCACCAAGGACUUAGAAUGAUCAGCUAACCAAAAUCUAAUUUAUAAUCUGCUUGGAAAGGCUGUUGGACUCAGGGCUGUUUGUGGCACAAUUUCCUUGUAUAUUUUUCUAAAAACUUAGUGCAGCUGCCAGUCAAAUGCUUUUGAGUCCCAUUAAUUUAAAUGGGAGGCAUUUCAAUAUGUGGCCAGAUUGUGUCCUUUAAAAAAAAAAAAAAGUCUACGACUAACUUAAAUAUUUUCUUUUGUGCUUUUCUAAACAUUCACUUGUUUACCAACAUAAGUAUUAUGUAUUUAAAUAGAAAUGGCCCUGUGUUUGUUAGAAAAUAUCUGUUCUGGCCAAUGUUACUUUUUAAAUUAUUGGCAGGUCUAGCUGUCUUAACCACCUUAUGUGGUUGUAAUGUUCUAAUUAAAAUGUUUUACCUAGAAUAAAACUGACUCAAAGGUG